AGCUACCUGAACCCUAGGAGCUACCUGAACUCUGGGAAAUACCUGAACCUUAGGAGCCACCCGAACCCUAGGAGCUACCUGAACCCUAGGAGCUACCCGAACCCUAGGGGCUACCUGAACCCUAGGAGCUACCCGAACCCUAGAAAAUAUCUGAACCCUAGGAGCUACCUGAACCCUAGGAGCCACCCGAACCCUAGGAAAUACCUGAACCCUAGGAGCUACCUGAACACUAGGAGCUACCCGAAC